UCAGCAUAGUUUUGUUGUUUACAGCAAAACUUUUUCCUGAACCAAGUCUACAACAACCAAAUUUGCAACUGGCACCGGAAGGACAUUUACAGGCAGUUUUAGGAGUGCAAACAGAGAAUGCACCAGAAAUGAAAGAUGAUCAAGAAACCCAAGAUAAAAAUAGAAAGGGAAUGUAG